AUGAGUGUCGUAUUUUUAAAAGUAGUUGAGUCGGGCAAAAAAAAAGAAGUUGAAGAGGGUGAUGAGAUAAUUAUUGACAAAGUUUUAGAAAGAGAUGGGGAAUUUGGUCAGCCUUAUUUACCGAUUAAAUUGAUUGGAAAAGUAGUUAAAAAUGUAAAAAAUAAGAAAAUUUUUGGGAUGAAAUACAAAUCAAAAAAGAGAACCAAAAGGGUUUGGGGUCAUCAGGAAGCACACACGUUGAUAAAAAUAGUAGCAUAUUGUAAUAUGAGCAAAAAUUUUUAUAAUUUACUUCGUGAAAAAAAUAAACUAGAAAAGGAAAGGGAUAAGUCAUUAGUUAAACUUUUAGAGUCGAUUGUUGAUUGGGAAUUUGGCGGUGGUAGUGGAAGAAGAAAAUUGCUGGAAGAAUACAAAAGGGUCAUGGCAGAUAUUAAAGUAAUCCAACAACAUUUAGAAUUAGUAUUAGCCGGUGAGGUAUCUGACAAGGCCGAAUUUUGA